UUUCUCCAACAGAACGUAGGCUUGAAAAUUCUGAAUAUAAGAAUUUUUAUGUAGAUGGUCAAAAAUUAUUUUGUGAAUUUUGCAAACAUGUCAUAGAUCAUACAAAAAAAUCUACAUUGGAUUCACAUUUAAAAUCCGACAAGCAUAAAAAUAAUGUAAUUAAGGCUGAAAAGUUAAAGUCAUCUCGUCAAACAACACUUGACACUACUAGUAAUAUUUUAAAUGAUCAUGAACGUAUUAAUAUCGCAUUAGUAAAAGCAUUUACUAAUGCUAAUAUCUCACUUGAAAAAGUUGAUCAGCUAAAAAAAUCGCCCUGA